GAGUAAGAGAAGGUAUCUUAUGCUAUUGACUCUACAACUCUACAAUGGACGCCAGGCUGCUAUUCAAUCUGCUAGUAUUCUCUCUGUUUACGUGCCUUGGUGCUGCAGUUAAAACUAAACAGAACAAAUAUAUCAAAGUUGCUAAUUUUGAGAGAAAGGGAGACGUUAUAAAGACUGUUAACGAGAGCACUGCAUUGGAAUGCGCUAGACUUUGUUUAUCAAAUGAGCGGAUUUGUAAAUCAUACAAUAUGAAACAAGUUGCAGGCAGUAAUGUUGAAGUAUGCGAAAUAAAUGGAGCGAACUCAGAACCACUUGUGGCAAGCGUUCUCACUGAUCAUUUCUACCCGACACUAGUCAUUGAUUGUAGUGAUAACGCAAACUUUACUGGUGUUAAAAAAAUCCAACCACAGGGACAAGACCCUUUCAAUGUGUACUGCGAUGAGGGGUGCGUCUACAUGGCCAGACGCUUUGACGGGAGUCUUGACUUCUACAAAGGCUGGGUAGAAUAUCAGAGAGGGUUCGGAAGCCCCGAGGGAGAACAUUU